GUGGAAAGCCACCAUGCAAAAUUGAAGAGUGACAACAGAAUAUCAAAAAUCUACAGAAUGCCUUCCGAUAUAGGGGCACCUCAACAGCUGAAGCAGUCCUCGAGAAAGGGCAAGAAAGCCUGGCGCAAAAAUGUCGACAUUACAGAAGUACAAACAGGACUCGAGAAUCUGCGUGAAGAAAUCAUUCAGGGCGGCCCGAUCGCAGAGAAGGCAUCGGAGGAGCUGUUUGCACUUGAUGUCAAGGGGUCAGAGGACAUAAAGAUAAAAUACAAACUGCAAAAGCCUCUGAAGGUGGACGAGAUUUUGUCAAGGCGUUCCGCCGUGCCCGCACUGGACAGCCGCAAGAGACCACAUUCGGCGGUUGGAUACGGUAUCGUCACCUCAAGCAAGCGCCAAAAGCCGGACUGGGUGAGCAAAAAAGAGGUUCAACGGCUGAGGAAUAAUCUCGACAAGAGUACUUUCUUGGAUAGCCAGAAUAUCGAGUCUGAGAAUGCCAGCUUUGACCCUUGGGCUAUAGGCCCUGAGCCUCUGUCAAGCAGGGACGAGUCCAAAGAAUACAUACCGAAGCCCAAGCCCAAGGUGGCUCCUGCAACCAUCCGAAGGGCGCCAAUCGCCAUGACGGCUACCGGCAAGCCUGUACGAGCAGUGCAACAACCAGAGGGAGGCACAAGUUACAAUCCAGCCUUCGAAGAUUGGGACGAACUGUUGAACAAGGAGGGUGAGCGAGAAUUACAGGCUGAGAAGGCACGGCUCUUGGAUGCCCAGAUCGCCGCGGAAAAGGAGGAGAGAAUCCAGCAACUUGCUUCGCUUCCUGACCCCAACCCGGCAGACGAAGAGAGUGCUUGGGAAGGGUUCGAGACGGAUAAUGACGAUCCGGAACUUCUCAAGAAGAAACGUCCUGAGCGUAAAACCCCAGCACAGCGAAACAAGAUCAAGAGAAGGAGAGAAGCGGAGAGACUAGCAAAGCACGAAAAGCGGAUGGGCGAUAAGCAGAAGCAAGCAGAACAGAUCAUAAAUUCUUUGAUCUUGCAGCAAGAGCGCGAGAACGAGUUGUCCACUGAAGAAGAACAACUUGAAGCUGUGGGAAUUGAUGACCGGGCUUUGAGAAGGAGAAAACUGGGUACCGCCCCUAUCCCUGAAAAGUCACUAGAGGUUGUCCUGCCCGACGAGCUCCAAGACUCUUUGCGGAGACUCAAGCCAGAAGGCAAUCUCUUGAAUGAUCGCUUCAGAAACCUCCUCGUCAAUGGAAAGCUGGAGAGCCGCAAGCCCAUCUUACAGCCUAAGAAGGCAAAGAGAAAGAUAACCGAAAAGUGGUCUUACAAGGACUUCAGUGUAAAGGUGUGAUCUCGAAGAGGUAGUCAUGAUUGGAAAUGAAUCAUAUUCAUGAGAUACUCU